UGUUCUUAGUGCGCAGGCGCCCACAGAGUGCGCAUGCGCAGAAGGAACCAAAACAGAAAACUUUGGAACUCCACUCAGAAGAAACCAACGGCUCACAGUCAGACCGGGAGGGAAAACAGGGUUUGCUUUCCCUCGUGCUUUUUGUUGUCUAAAUUGGAACGGACAGGCUCUCUGACAGUUAUCAGAGGGCUUGUGGGUUGCUGGCAGCUUCGAAAGGAAACAAAGUGGAAAACCAUUUAAUGUGAACUGAAUCUGAACUUUUGUUCAAGUGAAAAGCAUAUUGAGAAAAGGAAAAAGGAUGCCGACUGUGAAAGCGUUGAAACCUGUACAAAAAAUGAAAGUGGAUGAACUCUUCUUGCGUUGGUUAAGUGAACCUGCAACUCAGGUGAUGCUCAAUGACUAUUUAAGAAGCAUAGCCAAUGAGGAGAAGAUUGAAGUUGGUGGUGGGGAUGCUGGAACCAAUGGACAUGUUUUUCCUCAGAUAAACUCUGUUUCCAAGCAUAGCAUACCAGAUAGUCUGAUGUCUCCUCCAACUCCCACAAGCCUUUCUCACCUCUCUACUGCUCUCCCAGUUGGAACACCAACAAACCCAAGGAACUUCUCUCAUGCUCAAGGAAUACGCAGAUUUUCAAGCUGCAGAAAGGUCCAAUCAAAGAAAGAAGAACCUUUGACACCAUCUUUAAGCCAGACCAUUCCAACGUUUUAUUUUCCCCAAGGGUGUCCGAAAGAAAAAGUGAAUAUAGAUGCUGUCAUUGCUAAGAUAGAGAACACUUUCUCCCAGUUUCCAAAUGAGAGAGCAACAUUGGAAGAUAUGGGUAAGGUUGCAAAGGCCUGUGAAUGCCCUCUUUACUGGAAAGGUCCCUUAUUUUAUUGUGCUGGAGGAGAGAGAACAGGAUUUAUAUCAGUUCACAAAUUUGUUGCAAUGUGGCGGAAGAUUCUACAGAACUGUCAUGAUGAUGCUUCCAAGUUUGUUCAUCUUCUAAAGAGUCCUGGAUGUAACUAUUUAGUGCAAGAAGACUUCAUUCCAUUUUUGCAAGAUGUGGUCAACAGUCAUCCUAGUCUAGUCUUCUUAAAAGAAGCGUCAGAAUUUCAUUUCCGGUACAUUACAACAGUAAUACAAAGGAUAUAUUAUACAGUGAAUAGAUCAUGGUCAGGAAAGAUCACUUGUAAUGAACUCAGAAAAAGCAGUUUUUUACAGAAUGUGUCAUUAUUGGAAGAAGAGGUAGAUAUUAACCAGUUGACAGAGUAUUUCUCUUAUGAGCACUUUUAUGUGAUCUACUGCAAAUUUUGGGAGCUGGAUACCGACCAUGACCUUUAUAUUGAUCCAAAGGAUUUAGCUCGGCAUAAUGACCAUGCUAUAUCUAGUCGGAUGAUCGAGAGGAUUUUCUCGGGAGCUGUAACAAGAGGCAGAAAGGUACAAAAAGAAGGAAAAAUCAGCUAUGCAGAUUUUGUAUGGUUUUUGAUAUCAGAAGAAGACAAAAAGACUCCAACCAGUAUUGAAUACUGGUUCCGGUGCAUGGACCUUGAUGGGGAUGGUGUUUUGUCGAUGUAUGAACUGCAAUACUUUUAUGAAGAGCAGUGCCAGAAACUGGACAAUAUGGCCAUUGAGCCUUUGCCAUUUGAAGACUGUCUUUGCCAGAUGCUUGAUCUUGUGAAGCCUGAGUAUGAAGGGAAAAUAACUCUCCGUGACUUAAAGAGAUGUAAGAUGGCAAAUGUGUUCUUUGACACUUUUUUCAACAUUGAGAAAUAUUUAGACCAUGAGCAGAAGGAUCAGUUUUCUAUUCUAAGGGGCAAUGAAAAUGAAAACCAAGAGAUGUCCGAUUGGGAGAGAUAUGCUGCUGAAGAGUACGAUAUCCUAGUAGCUGAGGAAGCAGCCAGCGACCAGUGGAAUGACUGUUACGAAGCUGAGCUGAACCCUGGAGACCAUCAAAAGACCAACGUUCUGAAAUACCAGAUGGAGAAACGGCCCUUCUUCGACAUGCCUUCCCAUUUGGCUGAUGUUGACUUAGAUGAAUAUGACUAUGAAGAUGAUUUUGAAUGAAUUCUGAUAUUUCUACAAGGACUGUCUGCAGCAGGUCUGCCAGUAAUCGACAUAGUUCUUUGUGCUGCAAAAUUAAUAUUUUAAUCAUUUAGCUAUUUUGAAGAAAACAAUAAAUUUGUAUGGAAUGACACCUUUUUGUAUUUAUUAAGUAGACUGUUGCCUAUAAAAUAGGCUUUAAAUUAUUUGCAAAUGGAUUAUACGUCUUUUAAUGGAUUACAAUGUAGCCACCUUGUUGAUUAAAAUAAAUUUGCUAGCUUUUAAUUAUUAGAAUUUUGACUCUCACCAUUAGCUGUACUAGAGAAGUCCUUGCUCUUUCAGUCUUCAAGCAGAACUAAUAAUUUUGCCAGAAAUGAAAGAGAAAAAUGUUGUAGCUUUGAAUGGAGGUUAGUUCUGGUCACUUAAGUAAACUGUUGUUGGACUGCAAAAUAUAUCCUGUCCUGAAACAAAAUAUAUGUCACUGCCCUUUCAAAUUUUAUUCUUUCAGAUUUCAUUUUGUUCUUCUGACUCCCUUUACAAAAUAGCUUUUAUAGCUCGCACUUGACUGUAGUGAAUAUUGUACUUCAUGUCAAGGGAAUCAGUUUUUGAAAGUUGUGUACAUUUUACUUGAUCUGUGAAAUGCACUAAUCUUGCUAUGGGCAUUUAGCAUAUUUCUUCUUUGGUUAGCUAAUGUCACAUUCCACAAAUAUUCAUACCAUUGGUGUCAGCGCAGUUCUAAAUUUUGAUGCUUCACUAGCCUACCUAAGCUAGAUGUUGCUGCUCCAGUAUUUAAACAAGCAUAAGGUUUGUAGUGCCUUAUUAUCCCAAUGUUCACAUGAGAAAUUAUAUAUUAAAUGCUUAAGCAAAGUUCUUGAUAAUAUAUCUUCAUGUGAGGCAAAAAAAGAUGUAAGCUAUUUUGUUUGCAGUGCAGAUCUGUUUAAAGUGUUUAAAAUAUGUUGGUAUUUUCAAAUAAAGUUUUUUCAUAUAUGUAA